UCAAAAGCUGAAAAGAAACCAGAGCUCAUCCCCCCCAAAAAGAAACCAGGAACCAAAGUGAAAAGGACACACAAAGAAAGGAACGUGGAGAUGGCCACAGAGCUGAGUGAGCCUGAUGUCACGAACUCCAAGGAAGAAGGUGGAACCUUAGACAGAGGGCUCUUCCAUUCACAUAGUGCCACUGAGGACCCUUGGCUUUCUCCUGACCAUGAUGCUCCAGAGAGCCAGGUGUCCAUAGACAGGAGGAGAGCAUCACCCACACAGGCCAUAGGCGUCACUAGCAACACGGGUUCUAAGGAAGAGAGAAGCCCUGAAGACCCUUCCAAGGCUCUCCAGGAUAAGAGGCAGCAGGAGAAGGCUUCUCGGGACAGAAUUCGCAUGGACAGGGCAGAGAUGAGGUGGCUGGAGGUGGAGCAGAGGAGAAGGGAACAGGAAUUGUUGAUCCGGCUCUAUAAGGAGCAGAUGGUGAGAGCGGAGAAGAUGAAAGAGGAGCUGGAACUGGAGCAUCAGAGGCGCGCUGAGGAGAUCCGCCUGAGGAAGCAGAGACUGGAGGAAGAGCGACAGCUGCAGGAGGAAGUGGAGAGGAAGCGGAGAAUCCAGAUACAGGCUGCCCAGGAGAGAGCCCGGCAGCAGCAAGAGGAGCUCCGGAGGAAACUGCAAAAACUGCAAAGAAAACGGCAGCAGGAGGAGUUGGAGAGGGCUGAGGCAGAGAAGCAACGGCAGAAGGAACUGGAAAUGCAGUUAGCCAAAGAACAGAAGCUCCUGAUGGAAAUGGCAGAAGAAGAACGGCUGGAGUACCAGUGGCAGAAAGAAGCAGCAGAAGAGAGGGCCAGGCGGGAGGCUGAGAAAAGGAGGCAACAGGAAGAGGAGGCAGCAAGGCUAGCUCUGGAGGAAGCUGUGAAACUUGCUCAGGAACAAACCAGGUACUGGAGGGAUGGACAAUAG